AUGGGUUGCAUAAACUCUAUUUUGGAAGAUGACGACGGCGACGGCCGUAAUUCCAUGGAGUUUCAUCCUGUUUCAGAACCAUCAAGAAAUCCAUAUAGCUCGCCUACUACUCCAACUCCUCCAUUACAAUCCCGCAGAAUGACAGGCUCUCCGCCUACACAUUUAUAUAAUCCUCGCACACAUUCUGGACCCAAUCAGACACCUGCUCAACAGAGUUUUCCUGCUUCGCAAGCAUAUCCACGAAAUGGAACACCACCAGCAUCUGUGGCGUAUGGUAAAACCCAGACUGGUUCUGAGAUGAUACCUGCGGCAGAUGCUACCAAUAGGAUUGCCUACUCGAACCAAACACAACCAUCAGUUGCUAUAGGAUCAUCUGCUUAUUAUGACAAGGCCAUCAGACCUGUUGGUAACACAGCUGGCUCCUCUAUACACGGUCCUGUGCAUAGCUCCCAUCUACAGGGACCAGCCCCAAUUAAAUUCCCACCUCGUUCGGGGCAAUCAAUGAAUAUUGCCAAUAGCUCUUUUAAUAAUUCAUAUCAGCAACCGCCAUCCUCUACAAAACCGUCUGUUUAUUCUAGUCCACCUAUUUCUCAGCAGUCAAUUUCUACAAAACCGUCUGUCUAUUCUAGUCCACUUAUUUCUCAGCAGUCAAUAUCCUCUACAAAGCCACCUGUUCAUUCUGACCCACUCGCUUCUCAACAGCCAGUAAACCGUCAAAUACUUGAUACUGAUCACAAUCAUUCACUACAGGAUAUAGGCUCUAAGCUGUCUGUAAAACAAAGUCUAGAAGUAAAAGGCAGCUCCACUCCAAAUCUUGGAUCUUUGGGGAAAAAUGGAAGCAAUGUGCUGGUCAACUUGGAAAGUCUUUUAGAGGAACUUCGUGCUACACAGACACGUUCAUCCUUGAAGCCUCGUAUGGAUCAAGUGACAGAGAUGGAUGUGUUUGAAGAAGAGUGGGUUGUCGACCAAUCGCCUGCAAAUUCUCCACUUCCAACUCAAUCUUCACCCGAGCCAUCAUCUUUCUCUAAUCAAACUUUCCGUCGUAAUCGAGUAAUCUCUUGCUAUGGUGAACUCGCAGAUGCUGUGGAUAUUCAAGACGGUGCUGCCCUUGCAAAGGCGACUCUUGUGAAUAAAAUGCAGGAAAUAUCUCAAAGAAGAAAACUUCGUCAAGCAACCCAAUCUCAUGCCACUCAUUCUGCAUUACAUAUUCCAAGAGCCGACUCUCCCAUAUCUACAGUCUACUCUACGUCUACUCCAAAUAUGCCUUUUCUCGAGGUUUCAUUACAGCCUCCUCUCAACAGCUCGUUUGAUGACUUGUAUGAUAACGCACACAGCCCUCGUCGCGAUACCCAGAUUUCACAAUCUGUAGAAGGACAUGAAUCAAACUCCUCUGCUGGCACAAUGGUUAAAUCUCCAUCAGAUGACAUGAAUCAUUUUGGCGAUUCACAAACCGGAACAAUAGAAGACUCAAUAUCUACUCUUGCGGACCCAUCGCAUCAAGAUUCCCACCUUGGCAAAGAGCUGGAAUUGCAAAAUGGUUCAAAAAAGAGUGCUAUUUGUGCAUUUUGUGAAGAAGAAAUACAUGAUCGUCCCAUAUUUCUUCUUGGAAGAAACUGGCACAGAGAUCAUUCACGUUGCUACGAAUGCCGUAGACCUAUCGGAGUCGAUAACUUUAUUGAAAUCGGUUCCUUUUUAUACUGUGAAGACCAUUAUCUAAAAGUCAACAACAAAUACGUUGUUCGACGAGAAAGUGAUCGAACAAAACAAACAUCAGUAGAGGCAGAGCUAUCACAAAUCAAACAGCACAACACAGUACGCAAAGUUCGAAACCUAUUUACAUUUGAAAAGGCUGUCAAGGUGAAUAUGCUGACGGUCAUGGAAGAACGUACUCGUAACGGUCGAAUGCAACGUUCUGUUAUGUCAUGGAUGCCAAAAGAUGGUGAAUACGAAUUGGAACUAAAACAGCUUGCAGAAUUAAACUCACGGCCACGAUCUGUAUUGCAAUCAACUUUUGAAGAACCUUUUGAAUAA